AUGUUUCUCUACACGCUGCUCAACUUCUUCUUCGUGGCAUCCCAAAAGGAGGAGGAGGACGCCUCUAAGUAUGACUUGUCCCUCUACAAGUGCGGUGACCUUUUAGAGGUCCCCAGGACGUUAUUCACACAUUUCGGUAUCUACCUGGGCGACAACCGCGUGGCUCAUCUCAUCCCGGACUUCCUGCCCCUGAUUACCAGGAAUAAAUCGGCGAUCGCCAAGAUGGUGACGAACACCCGGCUGCUGCUCGGGGUUCUCACCAAGGUGGCGAGCGUCAGAGUGGACUCUGUGGUGGAUUUUGCCUACGGCUCGGAGAUCCUUAUCAACCACAUGGACAAAGUGUGCAGCCAGCCGCCGCUAGAUGGAGAGGAGGUGGCACGGAGGGCGGAGAAACUCUUGGGCCCGGUCACCUACAGCUUACUGUGGUUCAACUGUGAACACUACGUCAUGUACUGCAGAUACGGGAUGGCCAUCAGCUACCAGACGUACCAGUUCUGCACAACAGUGAGGAAGAUCGUGUGCAGCAGGAUGAGCUCCUACCUGACGGCCCUGUGCGGAGCGGCCCUCCUGCUCUACCUGGGCUGCGUGACGCCGCUGACUGUUCUACCGACCCUCUUCGUCUCCUUCACCAUCUGGAUGGCGGCCUGAAGGCCUCACGAGUAAAGACUCUAUCCUCACUCACCAGUGGAUGGUGAAAUGAGGUCCUGUGGUUUGACUGCGUGACUCAAGGAUGCAGAGUCACAAAACCUGUUCUCAGUUAUAAAAUGUCUUUAUUUGGACGGUUGUAGAUUAUUUUAUAUAUAUGUUUUAUAUAGAUAGAAUUCGCUUUUUAUGCUUUUUUAUGUAUCUGACAAAUGAAAUAAACUUUAGGGUUUAUAUAAACGUGAUGUUUGGAGCAAAGAGCUUUCAGGAAUAUCGCAGUGGACAUUGUUCUACAUUUCAGUGUGAUACAUUCCCAUCGUGCUCUAUCCUAAAGGCUGGCUUGGACAAAGUGCAAUAACCUUCUUAUGUAAUAGUACUUUGAUAGAUUAAAUGUGUUUUCCUCUGUACAUUAAACAUGUA